CCUAUAGGUUCUGUACUGGAAUGGACUCUAUGCAUGGCCCACUGCCUACGUGUUUCCGCUAAAAUCUCAGUUGUAGGCGAGCUUCCGUUCUCUGAUAGCAAGCUGUGGUAAUAGCGCGGUCUUUCUGUCAAAUUUUCGAUUAUCUAUAGCGAUUACAAAUAAUUAUUUUAUAUUAUAUAUUUUAUUAACUGCAGUAACAACAUUUUAGUAUAUUAUAUUAAAAUAUAACAUUUUAUUCAUGAGUUCAAGAAGCUUCAAGUGCCUUCGGUGUGAAGGUGCAACGUCUAUGUAUUGCUGUGUCCCGUUAUGUGACACAUCCUCAAGGUUUAAUUCGGUGGUUAGUUUCCAUACUUUCCCUUUGGACAAGGAAACAAGUAAAAAAUGGAUUCACUAUAUCCGACGUGAGGAUUUUAAUAUCACUCCUAACACAAGAGUCUGCAGUCGUCACUUCAAGAGUGAUGAUUUGAUCGAGCCAUCGGCUCCCACAGGACGCCGGCUACUGAAGAAAGGUGCAGUGCCCACUUUGUUUGAGUGGAACAACUACUCCACUUCUGCACCAAGGCGCACCGGGGCAUGGCAGAGGAGAGAAGUUUCCCCUCCACUGAACGAAGAUCCUGUGCCUGUGGACCUCCAGCAUGAGGAGCAUGAUUAUUGUUCAUUUCCCGUUCCUGCGGCUGUCGAUCUUUCUUUAGAUCAGACUGAAGAUCUCCGAAAGGAAGUGGAACAACUGAGGAAACAGGUGGAAGAACUGUCUGUCCGUCACAGAUUUUGCUUGGGCAGAUUUGCUGCAUCAGACGAUGACAUACGGUUCUACACUAGGUUUGUGACGUACAAUCACUUAAUGGCGUUCUGGAGACUCAUUGAACCUGCAUCCCACAACAUGGUUCGUGUGACCAGAGCAAGGGCAGCUACAACUAGGAGUGAAGGUGGAGCAUCAGGCAAUGCAUCUGGUCAAUGCCUGCAGCCCAUAGAUGAGUUUUUUCUCUUCAUGGUUCAUCUCUCAGUUGGUCUGACACAAAGGGAUCUGGCUCACAGAUUUGAUAUUCAUCAGUCCACCGUGAGUCGAAUUAUAACAACCUGGGCACAUUUUCUUUAUACCGUUCUUGGAUCAGUGCGCAUCUGGAUGUCUAAGGAGGUGGUCAAGGCUCACAUGCCAAAGGAGUUCCAGGACUAUCCAGACACACAAGUGGUGAUCAACUGCACAGAGCUGCGGUGCCAAACUCCAACCUCUCUCCUGCUUCAAAGUGAAGUGUUCUCCUCUUAUAAAUCCCACUGCACCUUCAAGGGGUUAAUUGGCAUGGCACCACAUGGCGCAGUCACCUUUAUGUCAUCCCUGUAUGCAGGAUCCAUCAGUGACAAGGAGCUUCUCAAGCAGUCUGGGAUUGUGUCUCUGCUGAAACCUGACAUGGCUAUUAUGGCCGACAAAGGUUUUCUCGUGGACGACUGUGUGCCAUGCAAAGUCUACAGACCUGCUUACCUGUCAAAAAGAGAACAGAUGUCGGCUGAUGAGGUAAAGGAAACUCAAUCCAUUGCUCGACUGAGGGUCCAUGUUGAGCGUCUCAUCCGCAGGGUGAAACAACACAAGCUGUUUGAUACAGUCAUCCCUCUUUCCAUCACAGGGAGCAUCAACCAGCUAUACACUGUUGCUUGCCUCCUUGUGAACUACCAGAAUGGCCCCUUGGUAAAAGCAUGGGCAAAGGAUUAAAGACUAGACAA